AUGGCCUUCUCCUCGUUCCCAUGGCCGUUCCGCCGCCGAGCCGGCGGCAGCGGCAGCGGCGGAACCGGCCCAAGCAAACCCUCCGCCGCGGAGGGGAAGGAGGAGGACGACGCCUUCAAGUCCUUCCCCUCCAGCUCCACCAAGGCACCCCCUCCUUCCUCCCUUCUCGAUUCCGCUCCCCUGCUAGUUCCCUCUCGAUUACUGGCGGUGCUAUGCUUUGUCGCAGGAGGAUCCGCGGAGUCGGCGGCCGAGCUCUCGGACUGGCAGCAGUGGCACGCCGUCCUCGUGCUCGCCAGAGCCAAGGAACUCGCUAAGGUCCUCUAUGAUCUGUGCCCACGCCACAUGAAGGACAAGCAGUUCUGGACAUACAUCUUGUCGUAA